GGCGCGCCGUGCGGGCGGGCAGCGCCGGGCAGCGGGAGCGGAGCGCAGCGCUGCCCACAGCGGGACCCGCCGCGCCGCCUCCUCCCGGUGAGCCUCCGCGGCUGCGGGGUCCCGGCAGGUCCGGAAAUCCCUCCCGCAGCCAUGGCGCUGGUGAAGAGCGGUUGGCUUUGGCGGCAGAGCUCCAUCCUGCGCCGCUGGAAGAGAAACUGGUUCGUGCUGUACCUGGAUGGCAGCUUGGUGUACUACCACGACGAGACGCAGCGCGACAUGGACGGCCGGAUCCACAUCAAGUACAGCUGCCGGGAUGUGAGGACCGGCCACGAGUGCAGAGACGUGCAGCCACCCGAGGGAAAGAGCCGCGACUGCCUGUUGAUGGUUGUGCUGCGGGACGGCUCCAAGACAACGCUGUGUGCAGAGAGUGAGGACGAUGCUGUUGCCUGGAAGAUGGCCGUGCUGGAGGCUAAAUCCACCCCGGUUCACGUCUACGACCCCUACGACGACGACUACUACCAGACGGUGCCCCUCGACUCCCACCAGGCCGCCUACAUCAGCUCCGGCCACUACGGCCUCCAGCACGGAGCUCCCGGGGUGACCCAUGUCAUCGUGCGUGAGGAUCCCUACCGGGUCUCUGGGGACCAGAUGGCCCUGGGGCUGCUGGCGGGGGCCGCCACCGGCGCUGCCCUCGGCUCCUUCAUGUGGAUGCCCUGCUGGUUUUAGCAGCCUCACGCUCCCGCAGGAUGUGACCCCAUCCCAAACGGGGUCACAGCCCCCCCAACGUGUCCCUUCUCACCUCCCCAGCCUGGUUUAACUCGCCCCUGGAUUGGUACCCACCUGAAACAGCCUGCUCAGCCCCCCCCGACCUGCUGGGGACAGAGCUCCAGCCCCAAACACAUCCCAUAUCCCCAUCCCAGCCCCAAAUCCAUCCCAUAUCCUGCUCCCAGCCCCAAACACAUCCCAUAUCCCCGUCCCAGCGCCAAAUCCAUCCCAUAUCCCACUCCCAGCCCCAAACGCAUCUCAUAUCCCGCUCCCAGCCCCAAACCCAUCCCAUAUCCCCAUCCCAGCCCCAAAUCCAUCCCAUAUCCCGCUCCCAGCCCCAAAUCCAUCCCAUAUCCCCCUCCAAGCCCCAAACAUGUCCCAUAUCCCCAUCCCAGCCCCAAAUCCAUCCCAUAUCCCCCUCCCAGCCCCAAACACAUCCCAUAUCCCCCUCCCAGCCCCAAACCCAUUCCAUAUCCCAUUCCCAGCCCCAACCCAUCCCAUAUCCCUGUCCCAGCCCAACCCCAUCCCAUAGCCCACUUCCAGCCCCAACCCAUCCCAUAUCCCCCUCCCAGCCCCAACCCCAUCCCAUAUCCCACUCCCAGCCCCAAACCCAUCCCAUAUCCCGCUCCCAGCCCCAAACCCAUCCCAUAUCCCCAUCCCAGCCCCAACCCAUCCCAUAUCCCCCUCCCAGCCCCAAACCCAUCCCAUAUCCCACUCCCAUCCCAUAUCCCGCUCCCAGCCCCAGCUUGUGCAUUAAAUAACCCCCAUGUGCUACA